AUGGCAGUCCCCUUUUUCAAGGCCCAAGAGGUCAAUUGGAUCUCCGAGGACGACGAUCAACGGCCGCUUGCGUACCCCGACAGCUCCCGUCCGACCGCCAUCCAAGACUUUGUCGCAAAGUACGUGCAUGAGCAUAGGGUCUGGCUGCUCUAUGAGCAGCAAGUGCCCAACAUUCCGUGGGAUGAAUUGAAUCGCCUUGCUGCCGAGAACAACGCCUCUGUUACCCAGCUGAUCCAUUGCUACCGCCCUGCUCUGCCCACUGACGAGGUUUCGGGGGACGACAUCGCCCAAGGGGCUCGAUACCUGCGGUGUAAUGGUCUCGAGAGAUACAUAAAGGACCUGGUCGACUGGCUGGGCAUCGGCAAGACGGACUUUCUCGACCUGGGUGUUCAGGACGCUCUUGUCCGGGAUGCAUUGGACAGGGAAGCCAUCUUGCGGGCGAGCAGGCGUGGUUGGAUCCAACUCGAAGAGCUGUCCCGGAAUGCGACCAAACAGGCUCAGAGGCUGAUUCAUCAUCGCGCGGAUGCGGCGUGUGUUGCUCGCGACGUGUUUUUGGGUCUGGAGGACACCUCGCUUUUCGGACAUGGUGCUGCUCUCUGGGACCGAAAGCCGCAGAGGAAGGAUCCCGCCGGCAUGCAUGGCCAAGGGCCGCAGAGCGAGGAUCCUGUUGCCGGUCAUGAUGGGCGGCUUCCUGUCACACCUGCAGCUCAUCGCUUGCUUUGGUCCGGCAUACUCAAAAACGUUGGCCAAGUUGCUCCCGUGGCGCUGAUUGAGCAAAGCGCCUUGCCCAUCGACAUGCACGAGGUAGAGAAGGAUCGCAAGCGCAAGGCACCCACCAAAGCGCAGAUGGACGAGAUACGCCUCAGUAUAGUGCGGCAGUGGCCUGUGUUCCUCCCCCAGUACGUUCCUGGGUGUGUCGUCGCGGCGGCAGCCAGGGAGAGAAGGCUGGCCAAUGCAAAUCAGUUCCGGGCACAGCAGCGAGCUCAGCCCCAGGACGAGAGGUGGUCCCAUCACCCUCCACGUCCGCCGUGGAUUGCGUCGACGGCGACAGGGGACAAGGUUGGACGGCCUGGCUGCAAAACACCACAGCCUCCUGUGUCGUUGGUUACUCAGACGCCAGAAUCGUUGGUUGCCCACGACGACCCGCGGAAGAUUACUGGUAGCCAAGCUGUAAAGGAUGCGAUGAAGCCGCCAAUGUCUCAAGAAGAGAAGACAAGCCUCCCUGCAGGCUGCGAAAACUCGGCCAAAGUCUCCCCUCCGGAAGGGGCUUCAAACGAACGAGCCGCGCAAGCCGACGAAUCAAAAGGUCGGCAAAGCAACCAUGUCUCGCACCACCCGAAUGCCGAGAACGUACCGACAGACUCGAUGCCGACUGUUGCUGGUGAUGCUCAAGCGACACCAGACGGCUCGACCGACUGCGAUGCUGAUAGUGCUAGCCAGCGACCGUCAAGCGCUCAGCUGAGAGAGAUUCUUGACAGCAGGUAUUCGGGCUAUCUUGGCGCAGAAAAACCAAUGGCCCCGAUGAGAAAAUUGAAACCUCCGCGCUUCUUUGUGAUUCCCGAGGCCGAAGACGAUCUGGACUAUGUUCCAACCAGCAAGCAAAAGAAAAACAAGCGAAAGCCCGAUGAUGAUGAUGAUGAUGAUGAUGAUCUGAUGCCAAAGCAAUCUACAAAAAAACGGCGCGACGCCAAGGCCGGUGGCAGAAAAGCGACAUUUGCGGCAUCCCCGACAACGACCCGAGCUGCCACAAGCAAGCCUUUGCUGAAGCGAGCGCGAGCACAAGCGCCACAGCGAGCCGAGGAGCAGCUCCACGCAGCAAAGCCCGGGGAGCUUGGCAGCCCCGCUGGCGGGGACCAAGAUUCCGACGACGCGCCAGUUGGACGGCCGCAAAGGAGCCAAGCUGCGGCCCGGCCGCACGCUCGGCGGCGGCCACCGCACAAGGAGGACGCCGCCGCCGCGCUGGAUGACGACGGACGCAGAAGCGCGCUCGGCAAGACCAGGAAGAACUCGGACGCCAUCUUUGGCAUCUACCGACACCAGGAGCUGGCGGGGCCGCUCCAGCGGACGGAGCAGGCCAAAUACGCGUGGUCUGCGGAAACGGCGCACUUUGCAGUCGUUGCCGAGCGCGCCCAGUACGCCCGCAAGGCGGACGGCAUCGUGCGCGACGCCGGGCCGCUGGACGACGGCGAGACGACGAGGCAGUUUGCAACACUGGCCAGGCUGCGGAGGGAGUUUGACGCGAUCGAGGCCGGGCAGCGAAGCAAGGCGGCGCAGGAUGCGAACGAGGCAAGGUUUGCGGGGUGCGCGGAUCGGGCAGUGUACGCUACGGAAGCGAAGGAGGCCAGAUUUGCCAUGGAGGUGCGCCAGGUGCAGGCCACGGAUGGGUAG